AAAACACACGUAUAAAACCCGCCGUUUCGGUGUCCGGGCGUUAGAUAAUUCUGCGCAAUCCGCGGUGUUUGAACGAACAACAGACAGAGUAACAAGUAUACCGCAGUCACGCCGCAAAAAUGGACGCCAAGUUGAUGACCUUUUGUUUUCUCGCCGUGGUACGUACAGACGCGUUUCGAUAAUAACAUAACAUUCAUAUCUCCCGAAUUCACCGUUAUAAUUGUUUAAAACGCCACCGGUCCGCGUCGAAUAUUUUGUUUUCGAUUGUUCUUUGAAAUUUCUUCUGUUUAUUUUUUUCCCGACGGUUUCGUCCUUUGAGACAAUACCGCCAGACGCAAAACUCGUCCGUACCACGUUAUGGGAAUGAACUCUCCGCCGCUUUAACGCCGUUCUCAACACAAUCUCUCCCGCUUAACCUCGGUCUCCCUAAAGGCUUUUUACCCUUCGGGGCCGUCUCCGAUCACCUGAUCAACCAUAACGACCCGUGUUAAUCGUCAACGCCAGACGCCAGUUUUUUUUUUUGUCAAAAUCGAUCAACCCUCCGAGUUUGAAACGUUUCACCGUGCAAUGUUCCGACAUCAAUUAAAAUAUUGGUCGAAAUAUUUUUCCGGAAACUUAUCCCUCGAAAACCGUAACAACGCAUAUUCGGUUGGUCGGCUUUUCGUCGCGGUCACCGUCCGACCUUUGUUUGACGAAUCGCAAACCGUUCGCUUUAAACACGACGGUUUUCACCGCCAAAACUGGUCGCGCUGAACGACAAUUAAUGUUAUAAUAAUAUCGUUUAAUGCAAUCGGGUGUUUUUUUUUUUCAGACCGUAGCUUGUACGCCGGCCCAAUCCGAGACGACCAAGACCGUGGUGUCCAGUACCUCGACGAAUUACGACAGCACCUACACGCCGAAUGCACCCGUCACGCCGCCGACCGGCAUUCCGACCUUGCCGAUGGCGUGUUACCCGAUUGACACGAAAUCGUACAACGACCUGAAGAAGAGCAUUUACUCGCUGAACCAGGGAUUGGGUAACGUGUGUUUCAACGCCCAGGCCGCGUUCGACUACUACUCACUGUACAAGAACCAGGCCGUCGCCCAAUCGAAACUGGACGAAAAACUGGACAAGUUCAACAAGGCCCAGAAAUUCUUGGACGACCAAUACCAGAAUUACCAACAGGCGUUGAACGCCUACAAAGCCGACUUGGCCCUGCAGGCCGUGGUGUACAGCGACAACGUUCCCAUAAACAGUGCGCUAUUGCUGUAAUUCCGACGCUUCGCGGAACACACCGCGUCACGAUAAAUAUGAAUGGACUCUUAUUACUAUAAAUUAUAACAUUAUUGUAUCGUGUCAGACAUAAUAAACUGAUAUUGUUUUACGUUUAAAUAAAACCAUACGGCAGUAAACCACGAUUGGUUCGGACGUUGUUCAAUUUAAUUUUUUUUUUCUUUUUAUUUAAUCCCGCGCGUAUUCCUCGAAAAAUAACAUUUUUUUUUUUUUUUUUUUUUACUCAUAGAAUUAGACCGACUUGUGAAAAAAAUUUGUAAUCGCUGAUAGUAUGGCGUUGUUUUUAAAUUUAAUUUAAUUACAGCUGCAAUUGAUUUAUACGGUUUUGGCGAUUUUCACGGAUUU